CAGACACAACAGAAUAAUUGGCAAAGAGUAUAAUAAGUAUAAUUGGAAACGUGAACAAACAUUUGCAAUGCCGUAUUUACAAAUAUUCUUAUUAAAAUUAUCUCUUUAUUAAUCAUUAACAACAUCAUUACACUUCAAAUGUGGAAUUUCGGUAACUUGGGAAUCAUAAGAAAUAGCAGCCUGAAAGCUGUUCCUCUUCAGUUGAUUAAGAAGGGCGUAUCCAGUGACCAGAGAAUCAGUGCUGCCAAGGGGUUUUCCUGGAACCCUCCAGUUCCUAGAUUAGCCAUCGUUUUCUUAAGCAACGCCUUUGAGCAUAUUACCAAGCGGAACAGCAUUUUGACCACAAUGUACAAUAGACACUGACGUGUGACAGAAGAGUCCAUUGCGACUUCGACUCUCAUCAUAACAUAGGCCUCCACAACCACAGUAAUGCGUUGCCGGUUCCAUUGUGCCCGUCUUCCGCAGUAUCGCUGCGUUGGAUUGGUCAUCCUAUUUAUUAUAUUGAAGUGUUGCUUCGACCUGCUGAGAGACAACAGUAGUAAUACAUCGAGUGCUAAAAACCUAAAGAAUGAUGUCGUUAACGACACGCGAGAAUUAGCCCUCAAGGAUUACUACAAAUAUCCCUUGGAGAAUGGCAGGAGAAUCGCAAUGGAUCUCUACCACUACAACUCUUCAUAUUACUGGUUCAUGGCAAUGAAAUCACGUUUUAAAAAUAUCGGUACAACAAAAAAAUUUUGGGAAGUUGGAACGAAGGCACUUUGCGAAUUAUGGCCAUUGAGCAAUCUUUUGGGACCUAUAACAGUGGAUAAAAGAGAAGUGGAUCUAGAAUGGGUAGCGAAAAUUAAUGACCACGUGGAGCCCGGAGGGUACUUCGCCCCGACUUUCUGCCGCGCGAGGCAACGUGUGGCUAUCAUUGUGCCGUACCGAGAUCGCCGAGUGAACCUUGGUAUUUUCUUGCUUCAUAUACAUAAAUAUCUGAGACAACAAUUAUUGGAGUACAGAAUUUUCGUCAUAGAACAAUAUGGGAAGGAAAAGUUCAACAAGGGCACUCUAUACAACGCCGCGUUCCUGGAGACGCAGCGGUUCGGUACCUGGGACUGCCUGAUCUUCCACGACGUGGACCUGAUCCCUGAGGACGAGAGGAUCUCCUACACCUGUUCUGACCAUCCACUGCAUUUGGCUGCUUCUGUAGAAUCAUUGAAUUAUAGUGUCCUCUACCCGACUCUCUUCGGCGGGGUCACUGCCCUCACUCCAGAACAAUAUAGACAGGUCAAUGGCUAUUCUAACUUCUACUGGGACUGGGGCGGAGAAGACGACGAUUUAUACAACAGAAUUGAGAGUCAAAACAUUACCAUGUUUCGGUACAACGAGACGUAUGGCCGCUAUGCUACACUUACUCACAAACGCAAUAAGGAGGGAUCAGAGAAAAGUCUACUUCUCAUGAUAUCCAAGAAGAGGGCUCAAAGAGAAGGUCUAAUAACAACAGUAUACAGAUUAGUAAAGGUGGUUGAAGAAAAAUUGUAUACGCACAUUCUGGCCGAUGUAAAUCCAACAAAAAUGAAACUCGAUAUAAAGAAUUUGAUACACAGACUUCUGGAGGUCUACGGCGACAGUAUAGUGUUUGGUCUAGAAGAAUUCAGACUCGGUUAUCCCGAUCCCCUAAAAUCGAAGACGACAAUGAAAACUUUUGUUAAAAAAUUUAGUUAUAAGUCUAUUAACUAUUGAUCUAUUGAACACGGGUAAGGUACGGUGACAGUGUGUGAAAUCAUGAGGAAAUCGUAUUAAAUUAAGUUAUUCUAAAGUUUAAAAAUUAGUAAUGUGUUCCACCCUGACGCUAUAACUCUAGAACGCACGAACCGAUUUCCAUCGUUUUGCAUUCGUUGGAAAGAUCUCGGGCUCCGUGAGGUUCAUAGCAAAGAAAAUUCAGGAAAAAAUUCAAGAGAAAAGCAGGAAAACAGGGAGAAUAAUUUUUCACAUACAGUGCCAUCUCUGAUACAUUACCAUGUACUACAAUGGCGUUGUUACAUAAAACGAAGCCAUCUAUUGGCAAAACGAAGUUCGCCGGGUUUGCUAGUCAAUUUUA